GGAGAACGGACGUGGAGGCGGAGAAAUGGCGUGGGGGCGGAGAGAGAGAGGGAAGCGCCACGGAGAAAAGGAAAAGCGUCCAUAUGUCACCUUCUUCGUCUUCUCCCUCUCCACUGGAAAGAAUAGAUUCCGAUGCUUUGCUUUUGUCUCCUCUCUCCUUCUUAAUUGCUCAAGUCCUCUCAUAGAUUUUUUGUGCAAUUCGCCCUGUGAAAUUCUUUUCAUGCUUUCGCUUUCCCCUAGCAACUUAUCUGCCCCAUCACCAGCGGCAUCCAGGAGGAAGACGAUAAGUUGAGGGUGAUAAGGAGGAGGUUUUUGCUUUUUGAACCCGGAGAUUGAUGGGUUCGCCUACCGGACAGGGAAGCAGCUACGACUACUCUUUCAAGAUCCUUCUCAUCGGCGAUUCAGGGGUGGGAAAGAGCAGCCUGCUUGUCACCUUCAUCUCCCACUAUGUCGAGGAUCUAACGCCCACCAUCGGUGUGGAUUUCAAAAUUAAGCAUCUUAUGGUUGGUGGGAAGAAACUGAAGCUUACUAUAUGGGACACUGCUGGGCAGGAGAGAUUUAGGACGAUAACAAGUUCCUACUAUAGAAAUGCUCAAGGAAUCUUUCUAGUCUAUGAUGUUACCCGAAGAGAAACUUUUACAAACCUAUCAGAAAUAUGGGCCAAAGAAAUAGAACUGUAUUCUACGAAUCAGGAUUGCAUCAAAAUGCUUGUUGGAAAUAAAGUUGAUAAGGAGAGUGACAGAGUGGUAACGAAAGAAGAAGGAAUUGCUUUUGCACAGGAAUACGGAUGUUUGUUUCUUGAAUGCAGUGCAAAAACGAGGGCAAAUGUGGAGAAAUGUUUUGAAGAGCUUGCGCAAAAGAUUUUGGAGGUGCCCAGUCUACUUGAAGAAGGCUCUGCAAUUGGAAAGAAGAACAUUUUGAAACAACGGCAGGAAAGCCAAAAAAAUAUGGGCAGCAGUGGCAGUGAUUGUUGCUUUUGACUACCUGAGGGUCGCUGAAUUGAAAGAACUCGCUUGAAGAUUGACUGAUAAUCUUUUGGCCCAUCGACUAUACAUUCUUGUUCCAUAAUUUAUAUAGAUGAAUUUACAUUUGUUUCAUCAUUGAUGUGAAUAUCAAUUUGUGUGUGAGAGGCUGAGGAGAGGGAAUUUCUCUUAGUGACUGUAUAUUAAUCUUUCUAAUUGUUUAAUGUGUUUGAGGUUUGAUUUUCAUCUUAUUUUCUGCCUUUUUUUUAAAUGAGAUAGAGAGUGGAUGUUUCUCU